UGGCAGCAGUGGCCGCGCUGGUAAGACUUCCUGUCAGACGCUCAGUGAAAUAAUACGUCGGCUGUGUCAAUGGCGGUGGCAACCAGAUGUGACCGCGCACAUUAACACCCACCACUGCCGCCGUUUGCAUUGGGGGAUCGCGUUUGUUGAGGAGGCGAUUACGAGCGGGAGCAGAUUGAAUUUUAUGAUUAUACCGAGUGAUGGACUGGAAAAUUAAGCUUUUACGCGUGUUGGCGGUAUUUGAGACGGUUUCCGGCUGCUGUAUCGGAGCAUUGAACAUACCAUUGGCAGUUCACCUGUUCAGCUGGCGCUUUGCCAUCUUCCACAUUGGCUUCUUCAGCCUGUCUCUCCUACACGCCAUCAUCGGCAUCACCGGUCUGUGCGCCGCCACACCCUCCCACUCCUUAUCGGCCAACCGGCGCCUGCUGCCCAUCCAUUUUGUCGGCACCAUCAUCGGCGUCGCCUACUCCCUGGUGUUCUUCGCCGCGCUGGCCUUCGAGUACGACACCAUCUCCUUCCCCAAAUCCGGCGUGGCCCUGGCCCGCAAAUUAGCCGAUCUGUCCGCCGCCGACGAAGCGUACGUCUACGCCAUGUACAGCGCCCUGCAGGCGGUCUGGCUGUUCUCCACCGCGUGUCUGUGCGGGAGCGGCGCGCUGGUGCUGUGUGUGUGGAAGGCGGCGGUGGAGCAAGAGAGCGGCACCCCGUUGUGUCUGCAGCAUUAUGCCCUGCCGGGAACGCGCUAUUCCCGCGCCGGUCGCUCCGAUUCCUCGGUGAUGCUGUCGUCGUUCGGCGGGUCAAAGGUCACGCUGGAUAUGGUGGACGAGCCGGUGUCGCGUGGCGCCGUGGAGGAGCUGAAGGAUUCGGCGAUGGAGGGGGUGGAGAUGAGUAGGUUUAUUGAAGUGUGAACCACCGGGAAUCGAGCGUGAAAUCCUCGUAAAUUAUAUGGUUGCACAAGUUUUACGUCGUUCACGGAAAAAAGCGGCAGCGUGUACCUAGCUGCAUGUGUACAUAUACAGCAAAAAUGCUCUGAUUAUCUUUUAUAUUCUCAUUUUACAUGGUCGUUUUAGUAAGUAAUUGUUUUCUGGGCGUUUGUCUUUAUAUUACUUUUGGAAAAAAGAAACAGUUGUCAAAUA